AUUCGUCUACAAAGUCGUCCGAGUCAUCCGACAUUUUAAAAAUGGCGGCGUCCUGUCCUGCAUUGUUGCUGUUCUGGUCGCUGGACAGAUGACGCCCGAAAUUGAGGCGGCGAUGGUGUGGUUUACGGCAUUCGCUUCAAAUUGUGUGGCGGAGGUGUUUCAGAACUCUUGACGAGUCGAGGUCCCGAUGGAGACUGCAGGUGGGACGAAAUCGUCCAAGUCGGAAACCGACGACGCGUCGCAUACACACGCCGUCAGCCGAAGCCUGGUGACACUGGGCGCUUUUGGUAGACACAUCGAGCAGGUACCCGACAGUAUCUUGCUCGAAGUGUUCCAGCAUCUCAAAUUCAGAGACCUCUGCAUAGCAGGAAGCGUUUGCAGGCGGUGGUACCGAGUGAGCCGCGACCAGUCCCUGCGUCGCGUCGUGGACCUGACGUCGGUGCCCUUCACGGUGUCCCAGGCCUGGUCUCUGAUUCGCCACCAGCUCAACUCCCACGUCCUGGAGCUCCGCGUGCGCGGAUCCGUCCAGUUCUUUCACACUGACCACUCGCGUUGGCGGACGCGCUCCUUCACUUCAAAGUCGCUGGCAUACCUGGUCGAACGCUGCCCGUCCCUUCAGGUGCUGCACCUGAGGGACACCUUCAUCGCCAACAACACUGUCUCCACCAAGGUCACCGUCGCCGAGCUGCCGCCGUCGCUCACCCACCUCGUCCUACGUGGCUCGUUCCUCCACCCGUCCGAGUUUUUCCGUCCCGACCCCGCCAAGGCGCUGCGGCGACUCGCCUUCCUCGACGUCUCCUACUGCACGCUCGUGACGAGCGGCGAGCUCGGACGCUUCGCCAACUGGACGUCGCUGCGGGCGCUCGGCCUCGAAGGCUGCCACCGCGUCAACGACGGCGGCAUGACCAACGUUGAACCCGUGCUGCGGUUUCUCCAGGCCAUCGACCUCGAGGGCACCGACGUCGGCGACAAGGGCGUCGAACUCAUCCUCACACGUGGCCCGGGCCUCCGCUUCCUCUUCUUGGGACACACGGGGUUCACGGGAAUCGCGUUUGUGAAGCUCGCCGCGGAGCGCAAGUUGAGAGGUCAUCGGUUCGAACUCACGAGGGUCUGCCUGCGGAGGACCACGGUCAACGAGGCGGCGGUGUUUGCGUUGUUGCAGCUGGCGCCGCGGCUGACGUGGUUCGUCGGCUCGGGCCCUCACCUGAGCGCCGAGACGACGACGAGGGUGAAGGAGAGACUUCCGUCGUGCCGGUUUGUCAAGUUUGCGCCGUUUGAACUGGAACAGGACCGCUGCUGCCGCCACUUCACCAAGGACGUGGUGCGGACGAUGAAGUUUGAGGGCUCUUAGGGGUGGGACGCGGUAGGCGAUGAAGUCAGGACUCGUUUAACUCCAGAUUCUAAGAGAGGCACUUUUGUGGUGGCCGAAAUCAAGCCGCACUUUGUCGCGUCGGGGCUUGCACUGCGCCGCCGAAUUUAAAAAUGACGCGGCACCACUUGAUUUGAUUUGAACCGCCACUCGCGUGCCCUAGGUUUCGGAGACGAGAAAUGCAGUUAGGUGGAAAGACGUGCUGAAAACUGAAUAUGUCAUAGUGGACUCCACAGUGCUUGGGCACUGUGUGGCAUCCCGGUUUGCGCUGCGUCACUAAAUUUGUAGAUGACACGGCGCUGUUUUGUUCGAACCAUUGUUUCCAUGCCCCUAGGUUGUGGAAACGAAAAAUGCAGUUGGGGUGGAAAGGUGUACUAAGAAGUAAAGGGAUUCGGUGCAUAUUGCGAAGCUUGUCUUACCGGGCAUCUUUGAUGGUGGGGACGUUAAAAGUGUGGUCUUUUCUUAAAUAUAAGUGUUGGGUGGUCUUCUGUUCAAGCACAGAUCGGAGGAGAAGGUCUCACUGUUUUAUUCAAAGCUAGUCGAAUCUGUUUAUCGAGUCGAUAGAACACUAUGAAAGUGAGAAUUGUAGAAUCGGUUUUGUCCACGAAAUUUGAUGUAUUCUAGAUUGAAUGAAUUAUAAUCUGGAAAUCUUGCCUUCCUAAAAACAGACUGACCCAGAGUGACUUUGCCGUCACCUUGCCUAACAUAUGUACUUCGUCAUCAGUUGUCAUUAAUAACCUCACAUAUUGAAUGCUCAACAAAUUUACCUGCCAAGCAAGUUUAAUUUGAAUUUCACGUUGCUGACUAGUUUUGAAUGCCCUCCACAAACAUUUCUAAGGUUGUACGGAUUUUAAGCCUGUUUUGGUAGAUGCAGUGUGUCGAAGGGUAUCCAGCUCGGUGUUUGUAAUGAAUAAAUGAGGACCUUAGCUGGAUUUGAGCCAGACCAAUUACUCUUAGAAGGUUUGGACAAAAAUGUUCCAAGCAAGACUUUCCUAUUCCUUGUAAAUAAUAGGCUUGCUUUACCUUAAUUUAAACCCAUCUGUAACUUGAACAGCUUGAGUCUGCAUAAGCUGUUUUACUGUCUAAAAUAGUAGUUUUCUUGCCUUGUAACAUGCCAUUUUGUUCCGUUAAGAUGAUGACUCGAGAGAGGAAAGAACUACAAACUUUUUUUUUUAGACUUGCAGCAGCAUAAGACGUUUUUUGCGAGAUAAUGCAACUACUAAACAUAUGUCUACCUACAUUUACACAGUGCAUGAAAUCACUCACCUCUCUUCAUACUUGAGGAGCAUCUCGCAGCGCAGCAUUUAUAAGUCACAGAUCCUCUGGAAUUUCUUUGAACAGUUUAUUUCCACAAAGCAAUAUAGUACUAGGAGGAGUUUGGCACAAUCCCAAUGACGUUGUAAAGCAAGCUGCGCCACGCAAAAUGUCUCUUGGCAUGUCCACGGACAGAUGCAGGCAGCAGAUAUGUGCGCGGCUAUUCUGACAGAAAAGCGACAAGGCAUUUUUUGACAUUGCUGCAUACAUUGCGUGUUCUUUUUGUUCAUCAGCUGUGGAGCAUUGGAAGAGAUGUUGGCAAAAGUUCCUAGCAUUUUUAAGCAAAACCUACACUUCUUUUUUUUUGUUUUUGGAGUGAGUUUAACAUUGACACAGGUUAGUCUGGUGGUCCCCUUAAGAUAGCUCUCACCCUUUUUUUUUUUUUUUUUU